CUUCCAGCCGCCUGGUACUCGGUGCUCGCCCUGUUGGUCGUGGUGCCGGCCCUGCUGGGGUACCUGCAGGAGACGUGCCGGGUCCGGCCCUCGGAGGCAGAGCUGGUGCGCAGGAGGUACCACAGCGUCCGCCGGGAGGACCUGUGCAGGGUGCAGCUCUCGCAGCAGGAGGCCAUCGCCCAGGUCAAGAGCUUCCUGAUCCAGCUGGAGGGGUUCCUGAGUGGGAUGUGCUGCAGCUGUGAGGCAGCGUACCGUGUGCUGUACUGGGAGAACCCCACUGUCUCUUCGCAGUUUUAUGGGGUGCUGCUGGGCUCUGUCUGCGUCCUUUACCUGCUUCCCCUCUGCUGGGUCCUGGCCAUCCUCAACAGCACCCUCUUCCUGGGCAACACCCAGUUCUACCAAGUGAUAAUGGAGCUUAAGGCGUCGAUCGAGCAGUGUGUGGGCACCAAACCCCUCGAGAGCACUCCAGAGCCUGCCGAACCCCUGCCAGCUGAUGCCCCCCUGGAUCGGACACCCACACCCACUAGCACAGAGGACCUUACCCCUGGCAGUGUGGAGGAGGCAGAGGAGGCAGAGCCUGACGAAGAGUUCAAAGAUGCUAUCGAGGAGGAUGACGAGAGCUCUCAGUGCUCAGCAGAUUUUGACCUCAGCCUCCCAGACAACGGUUUUAUGAGCAAAAAUGAGGUGAUCCGCAGCAAGGUGUCACGCCUGACCGAGCGCCUGCGCAAGCGCUACCCCAGCAACAACUUUGGGAGCUGCACGGGCUGUGCAGCCACCUUCUCUGUGCUCAAGAAGAGGCGGAGCUGCAGUAACUGUGGGAACAGCUUUUGCUCCAGGUGUUGUUCCUUCAAAGUCCCCAAGGCUGUGAUGGGAGCUACGGCCCCGGAGGCUCAGAGAGAGACGGUGUUCGUGUGCGCUCUGUGCAACCAGGUGCUCACCAAGUGACUGAAACAGGCCCAGCCAGCUCCUGGGUCCUGCACUGCCUGACACCCGGGACAGUGGGCACCCUUGCAGCCGGGAGCCUGGGCUGCUUGGUUCCCAGCGUGGUGUCUCCCUGCCAGAGGGUGCUUGCACUCACCGCUCCUCCUGCCAGCGCCAGGCUGGGGCAGACCAGCCCUCCUUGCCAUGCAGCAUCUGCCACACCAGCUGGGUCCCUGCGGUGGAGCAUUGCCCACAGCUGUGCCCCGUCCCUGUGGCUGCCCCUGGCAGCUGCUCCAAGCCCUGGGUGCUUCCUGGCACUCGCUGUGCCCUGCCACAUACUUGCCCAGGCCCUGUGGCUUAGCUCAGUGAUGGAGGAGCUAUCCUUCCUACUUGUGGUCCCACCUCCUGGGUGGGGGAGAACAACCUCAGGGCUCUGUCCCUACCUUUUCCAGUACUGUGCUAGGUGACUAUAUUUUUGGGAUCAAGUCAGAGCUCUGCCUGCAUCCC